AUGGAAACUAGACAGGCAGCAAUGGUAUUAGCUAAGUUUUUUCACCCUCAAACAGGUGCCUCUUAUUUAGUGAAAAAUAUUGGCCAGGCAAAGAUACCUGGCCUUUAUCUUCCACAAAUUUUACAUCUAUUUUCUGAGAAUCUAGCUAAUAAUGUGAAAACUAAGUAUUUACUUCUGCCAUACCAAAUGUUCCUUAUUAGGAUAAAGAAUAAGAUGAAGCCUUCUCUACAGGUGGAGUGGGACUCCAACCAUCUGUGGACUGAUGUUAGACGACCUACCGAAGGUUGGCAGGGCAUAACCUCCUCCAGAAAAUUGCAUCAGUGUCCUUAUUGUGCCUACAACGUACCCAAUUCCUUUAAGCUCCGCAGACAUAUUCUAAAGCACACAGGGGAGAAACCUCACUCUUGCACAUACUGCUCGUACAGUACAACUCGCAAGGAGCUCCUCAGGGAUCACCUUCGCUUACAUACAGGGGAAAAGCCAUUUCCUUGUCCUUACUGCCCGUACACGGCCUCUCACAAGAAUAUGCUAAAGUCCCACCUUCGUAAACAUUCUUGA